AUGCCGACAACCAUAGAGCCUCCUAGCAACACCGUGUUCGGUGCGAAUAUAGACGCGCUAUUUUUACCAGAGGUACUAGUCGUUGUUGUCGUCCGAGAAGAGGUUGAAGUUGUCGAAUCCUGUGAUUCUUGUACGAGAGGAGAAGAAGAGCAUAAUGGUCUUACAGAAGUACUUGGAUCUCUAGUGAUAGUGACGGUGGCCCGCCCCGAAUUAGAACGGCUUGAAGCAUUAGUCCUAGUCGCACGGCUUGACGCCGUAAUCAAUCCCCCGGUCGAAUCAAUUGCGAUAGUGCUCACGGUCCCUGAUCGGGUUAUGGUCAAUGUCCUACCACCCGUACCCGAGAAAUUGAACGUAUUCGCGUUAGCCGUCGAGCCUGCUGUCCUAGUUCGCGUACCUGUGGAUGUGAAGGUAGUCGUUACUCCACUUGAUGUUCUCGUUAUCACAGUCGUGUAUGUGGAAGUACCCGCGGCGGAAUUGCUUGCUGCAGCUGCUCUUGUGCCGGAAGAUGUAUUGCUUCCGGUAUUGGCUCUCGUCGCUGUUAAUGUUGGCCCGGUGCUAGCAUUCGUAGCCGCGCGCGACACACUUGGGGUGGAUGUCAGGGUGCUUGUCAACGUCGACGUAAGGGUUCUUAUCCCAGAACCCGAUCCACUAAUGGUGCUUGUCCUAGUGCUGGUGAUGGUAGAUGUAAAUGCCGUCACUGUUGGAUCUGCAGCGGCCGAUACGGUACGUGUGUUUGUACCGGGAGUCGCCAGAACAUCUACCCCAGUAGUUGUGAACGUGGACGUAAAUGUUGACCCCGAGCUAGUAAUCGUACUAAUAAUAGUGGAUGUGUACGUUCUCGAUGUUGAGCCUCUCGGUGUACUUGUUCCUGUCGUGGUAAAUGUCGACGUGCGCGUGCUUCCUGAAGUUGUAUACGUCCUCGUGACAGUAGAAGUAUAA